CACGACUAUAGAUGAAAAAUCAUGAGCAAACCCUUCCUAGUCAUCUCAUUGCAUUGCUGUUCCUGACCGACCUAGCGCACGGAGCUCUCCUUGGUCGGGGUUCUGGGUACUUUUGUAAGCCGAGUUUAUCCAAACGUCGACGGACGAUCUCAGCCACCACGUCAGGUCCCAACCCGCAGCCAGUUCACCUUUUCCUUCCCCCCCAAACGACAGAAUAAUCCAUUUCGGACUUGUCGUCUUUCUCCCCGCUCUAAGAUAUCCGUGACUUUAUCCUCUGGAAAUCCGCUAUCGUCAAGUUUUCCGGAUAAUCUAAACCUCUUUUUCCCUCUCUCCUUAGACUUCCUCGGUUAGCCCUUGGCAACGUGCUCAACCCUCCACCCCCUCCAUCCGCCCCGCCCCUCAACCAUCUGAGCAACAAAAAACAGCUGUUCAGCUCCACCCUCGGUUCUAUUGUGGGGAGGGUCGAGACCGACUGAUUGGCGAUGCUCUAAAAGAAGGAAGCAGAAAAAAAAAAUAAGACAACGACCGGCACAGUCAGCAAGCCCGCUCCGCUGGGACGACCCACGAAAAUCAAUCACGUCACGCUGUCACGCUGUCCUUUCAUCAUGGCCGCCGCCCUCGACGAGGAAGAUCUUUCGAUCCCCCUCCCUCCCACCGACCGCGACCGACCGCGUGAACGAGACCGUGAACGUACGAGCAAGACGGCUACGAGCUCGAACCCCUCUGCCAUGGCAAUGCCUCCGCCCUCGCGCCCGACCGGUCGUCCCGACCCCACGACUCAGUCUCCGGCCACCAUGCGGGAUAUGCAGCGCCUCGACCAGUAUCAGACCGUCAAGAUCCUAGGUGAGGGUUCUUUCGGUAAGGUCAAGCUUGCUAUCCACCAGCCAAGUGGAAGGCAAGUGGCUCUCAAGAUCAUCUCGCGGCGUAAGCUACUAUCUCGGGACAUGGUUGGGCGCGUGGAGCGAGAGAUUCAGUAUCUUCAAUUGCUACGACACCCUCACAUCAUUAAAUUAUACACCGUGAUCGCCACCAAGACCGACAUUGUGAUGGUCCUCGAAUAUGCCGAACGCGAAUUGUUUGAUUAUUUGGUGCGAAAAGGAAAAUGUGGUGAUGACGAGGCCCGCAAGUUCUUCCAACAGAUCAUCUGCGCCGUCGAGUACUGCCACCGACACAAGAUCGUCCACCGUGAUCUGAAGCCCGAGAACCUCCUCAUCGACAGCACGAAGAGCGUCAAGAUUGCUGAUUUCGGAUUGAGUAACAUUAUGACGGAUGGAAAUUUCUUGAAGACUAGCUGUGGCAGUCCGAAUUAUGCUGCCCCAGAGGUUAUCUCCGGAAAGCUCUACGCCGGUCCCGAGGUGGACGUUUGGAGUUGCGGUGUUAUUCUCUACGUGCUGCUCGUGGGCCGCUUGCCCUUCGACGACGAUUAUAUUCCUGCCCUAUUCAAGAAGAUUGCUGCUGGCAACUUCCACAUUCCUGGAUACAUCUCUCCCGGAGCAGCCCGACUCAUUCGUGCCAUGCUCCAGGUCCACCCGGUUCACAGAAUUACCAUUCCAGAGAUCCGCCAAGACCCGUGGUUCACCAAGAACCUCCCCAAGUACCUGGAACCACCACCCGAGGAGUUCAUUGCCCCAGAUGUGGAUCUGAGCAAGAUUGACCCUCGUAAAGUGGGUGCUGGAAAGCCGGUUCCUGUGCAGCAUAAGAUUCACCAAAUUGCGGUAUCCAAGCUGGAACGAAGCAUGGGAUAUGACAGGGAAGAUAUCGAAGAUGCCUUGCGCCACCCGGAGCCUAGUGCAAUCAAGGAUGCCUUUUCGAUUGUCGUUGAAAAUGAGAUGAUGCAGACCAACUCUCCAACCGACGACAACCUGUUGGCCCAGAGUGUGUCACCCCAGCCAAAAGCACCCGCACCUGCUCCCGCCCAACGAGCACCCGCACCUCCAAGAUCCCAACAGCAAGCAGCGGCGACACCUGCCGUUGCACGAACCCCCAGUGUCUCACGCCGUCCCCGACCCGAAGAGAUUCAACAAGAUGACACUGAAGAUUUUGAGCCACCGCGUCUUAGCCAUGUCCGCAUUUUGCCUACGAGUCUACCCUACGUCCAUGAUCAGCUCAUGGAGCAACGUGACCGAGAACACAGGGCUCGCCUCGAAGAGCGCCGACGGGAAGCCGCUCGUGCCGAAGAGGAUCAACCGGGAUCCGAACGCAGAGAACUGACUCCGGAAGAGCAAGCCGCCACAGCUCGAGCAUUGAAACCUCAUUCCCGCAGCGUUGUUGAUCUGGACAAGUUGAGGUUCGAGCCGCCGAUUGGUCACCCCAUCACACAACAGCCCAAGAAAUCUCGCAAAUGGCAAUUUGGUAUCCGCUCACGGAAUCAGCCAUACGAGGCGAUGCUGUACCUGUACCGCGCUAUCGCUGCUCAAGGCGGCGUGUGGGAUAUUCAGCCCGUGGAAUCAGGCACGACUAUCGCUCCCGAUGCGUCACCAGACAAAUCCAAGCCUCUACAAAGCAAAUACCCCGAUCUCCCAUCAGACUACUACAUUCCCAAGGACCCCUGGUUCAUUCGCGCCCGUUUGCUGAAGGAAGGCGUCAAAGCCCCGGGGCAAUCAACGAGUGUCUACAACAGCCGCAGCGACCUCGAAGAGCUCCGUCGUCGUUUUAAUAUCUCCGGUAUCUCCGCCCCCACGGACGACAAGGACAAGGACCUUAAAUCUCCCACAUCCGACAACGGCGGUCUCUCUGCCCCUUCCUCGGCCACGCAAAAUACCAGCGUGUCCAGUAUCUCGCACGGCGUCUGGGUCUUUGUCGAUAUCCAACUCUACCAACUGGAGGAGAAUAAUUACAUGGUUGACUUCAAGUGUGACGGAUACCAGAACGUGAUCCGCGCCCAUGGUGAUACCGAGUGGCACCCCAUUAGCAAGCGCUUCAUGAACAAGGAGAAGGAGGUCACUAGUCCUUACCCUUUCCUUGAUGUGGCCUCGGACCUUGUGGCUCAGCUGGCCGUGGCUAGCUAGAUGCCUCCAAUUUAUAUCUAUUAUGAUCAUGAUAUCUCUUCCUUCAUAAUCACACCCUUCUUGCUGGUCUCCGCAGGCUAAUCCUUUUGCUAAUGUCUCUUUCUGGGGGGUGUGUGGGGAGUAUGAUGCUGUAUAUGGGUUCAUUUUUGCAUUUGGUGUGUUAUGUUUCGAUAUUUUCAGAGCAAGCGUGUCAUUGGUGAUUUACUUUUCUUACAUGACGUGGAGGUUUAUCACCCUAUUUUACCCUCAAUAUAACUUAUGAUACUUUUGAUCAUGACAGAAUGAUUUUUCCACUCUUCAACUUGUUGAACUAGUCGCCAAUCCGCCUUCUAUCGGCCGAUAAUCAGUUCCCUGCUCACUGCAACCAUCCAGCCAGAUCCCAACCACGACUGGAAAUAUUGACGUUGACCAAGAUCAGGGUAUCAACUAAUUUGAAUCUGUCGGAGUCUCCCCACGGCAUCAUCCAUA